GCAAAAAGCGUAUCCUGCAGUCAACUGUAGCUGUAGCCAAUGGCGCGGCAUAAACUUCAAGGAAAAUAUUGUAAAGAAGCGAAACUUAAACGUUUAAACAAUUUAUCUCGGGCUAGAGACGCACGAUGGGAUAAACAACACGCGUCAGACUCUUCCACCGCAACUAGAUUAACGCCUAUAUCCAACUACGAUCAUACGUAUACCUGCACCGACGAUCUCAUCGUUUGUCAACAAACGGAGAUCGAACAGGAAGCAGACGACCAGGGAAAGGAAUCAGAUUGGCGAUGUGGACGUAGAAUAGUUGAGUUAGUGGUUCUUGCUGAUGGUCUUAAAGCUUGCCAUUGGUGUGGCAGUCCUCUCCAUUUAAAGGAAUGUGUAGGAGAGAAAAAGUUUGGACUAGCACAUAUCCUGUUAGUGAAAUGUUGCUAUUCAGAAUGUGGCCUGGUGAAUGAUGUACCGACUGGAAGUAGGCACAAGACAAGUACAUGUACGAGCGCUUGGGAUGUCAACACUAAAUUGGCUGCUGGUCUAUUAGCUGCUUUGAAUAUACCAACAAUAACACAGAAGAGUUUGAAGUCCAGAGAGCGUGAAAUCGCAACUCAUCUUAAUGAUAUGGUUGACCAGAGCUGCAGUAAACAUCUUGAUGAGGAAAUUAGAUUAUGUGAUGGAGACCUCACUGCUGGAUUUGACGGUGCUUGGCAGAAAAGAAGAACUGGUUUAGUCUAUAACAGUUUUACAGGACAUGCAUCCCUUAUUGGCGAGAAAACCAAAAAAUGCAUAGGUGUAUCUGUGAUGAGCAAGAGAUGCAGGAUUUGUGAGUCUGCCCGAAAAAGAAGCAUUACUCCUAGAAAACACAACUGUUGUCACAACUGGUCUGGUUCAGCAAAGUCUAUGGAACCUGCGAUGGCAUGUGGGAUGUUCCAGGAUGUAAUUGACCAAGACCAGAGAGUGCAGACUUUAGUCAUGGACAACGACUCAACAACAAUUGCAAGGGUGAAAGCCACUGUUGAUCCAACUAUCAAGAAAAAGUCUGAUAGCAAUCACACAAGGAAAGGAUUCACAGGGAGUCUGAUAGAACCCACAAAGCACUGAAAAACAACAGAGUGCGGUUACAUAUUGAAAGGUGUUUCAUAUACUGUGUGAAACAAAACAGUGGAAAAUCAACACAGCUAGCUAAGGACUUGAAGCUGAUAGUUCCUCAUUUGUAUGGUAAAAUUAUCAAUCUAUUUUUAGAAUGCUUGCGAUUUACCAUAAAGGUUUGUAGUAUCGUUUUUCAAAAGGGGUGAGGUGGGGGAGUUUGCUAGUAUUGUCCACAAGCCAAAAGAAUUCAACAGAUGUGUUAUUUCGUCCAAAAGUCAAAAUCCGAGAAAAAAUGGGGUCACUAAAUAGAUCUUGUAUUUAUUGUAAAAAUAAAUAACUGCAUGUAAAAAUAACAUAAAUGAACAUUUUGAAUAAGGGCCGUAGGGUUCGUACUUGUAAGAGUAGUAUGCAAACAAUAUUUUAACGUUGUGCAUGAUAUCAAUAUGAAGCAUGUGAAGAAUGUGGUAACAUAUAAAAACCUGACGGCCCAGUCUCUAAGUCACAUUGCAAGAAAGGUUAAAAACCGAAACACCUCUUUUCCUUUACGCACGUCAUUUUCCGAUACAGUGAGGAAUAAAACGUGCCACUACCUGCAAUACCUGAUGUCAAAUAUACAACCCACACCCCAGUUCUGCCAGCAUCCUCGAACAUAUAUGAUUUUGUAAAAGAUACAAUUCUACCCGUGGGGGUAGAUCUGUUCUAAAUCAUUUUUUCUCGAAUGAUUAUAUUAGUAGUGUUCUACACAUUUUAAAAAGUGAUUAUCUAAACAAUUUCUUUAAAUCAAAGUACUGAGAAUAAUGAUAGUCGCUAGGCUUGACUUGUUGUGAUGCUGUUUGGAUAUACAAAUUAUGAUAUUACCACUAAGCGUGAACAGUACAUAAUCCUACACAACCGGUACAUGUAUUUCCUUUUACCACUGCAUGACUGGUGGUUACGUUGUUAUAUUGUAAAACAUUGUAACUAUAUCCAUACCGCAAAAUAUGAUAGAAGGAUGGGACUGUCAA